AUGAACUCAGAAUGUAACCAAUAUUUAGAGCACUUCUUGCACGAGUUUCUUAGCUUUGCUCGGUCCCCGUUCAACAUGGAGGCGUAUGACCAGCGCGCCGUUUACGACUUGCCUCGGCCCUCUGGAGAGAGCAGCCGUUCGGAAACCUCUGUGAUCGCCAUCUCUGAGGACGAGAGCGAUUCUUUAGUGUCAGGAUCCCAGGAUUAUGCCACUCCUAGUGUGACUUUAAGCCAAGCACCAUGGGAUGAUGAGACCCCAGGGCCAUCCUACUCCUCAGAGCCAUCUCAGGUGUUACCUUUCCAUGUGAGGGACUCGGAUUCUGAUAGUAGCGUAGGGGAGGCAGUAGUGUCUGUCGCCGCUGUGCCACAUCAGGACCGUCCGGGAAAUCCUGGCACUGUUGCUGUGGAAGAGGAGCAUUCCUCUGGCAGUGCUGAAGACUGCAUAAUUAUCGGACAUGUUAAGCCAGUGUCAGAAAGGACACCGGAACUGGUCCUGCUUUCCUCUGAUUCAGAACAUUCAGAGCAGAACGCCGAGCCUCAGAGCCAUCGAGCACCCCAACACAUUCGUUUUACUUCAGAGUCUGAUUUGUCUCCCGCUGACGCUCAGAGGAGGCCGACGAGAUGCUCUCGCUCGCCUGAGAACACCUCUACUCGCUCAAGAAAAGAUAAAUGUGGCAAAAGGCAUCAUGAGAGAGAGCUGUCGGGAUCUAGAGAAGGAUCCUUAUGCAGCAAUAGGACUCACUCCUACUCUCUUGGCAGGAAACACCCAUUGUCUAAAGAGAGAAAGCAUAAGCGGAGACGAGAAAAAGAGUCAAGCCGCCACACCUCGUCAUAUUGGCAUUCAUAUAGCCAUUACAGUCAAAGAGACGGCAGCAGGAGAUGUUAUACAGAGACAUGCUCAUCCUACACCAGCUAUUAUAGAAGUGUACAUCGCUCUUGUUCUCGAUCACAUGGUAGAAGGCGAAGCAGGGACCGUCAGGACAGAAGUCACUCAAGCAGCCGAUCUAGAAUCAAGCCCAGCUCCUCCAACCGUCAGGACAGAAAUCACUCUAGGAGCAAUUCUAGAAUCAACUCUUCCAACCGUCAGGACAGAAGUCGCUGUAGGAGCAAUUCUAGAAUCAACUCUUCCAACCGUCAGGACAGAAAGGACUGA